CCGUGCGGUGCCAAAGUUCAUUCAGGAAACAGAGUACGGAGGGGGAGGGGGGAGGGGAAGGGGAAAGGCAGUCGUGGUGGCGUAGUCGAAGUGAGAGGAGCAAAGAAGUGGAAGGUGGGCAGGGAAGGAGAGCGAGAGAGGAGGAUAUACAAGGAAGGAACGAGACGAAGGAAAAGCAUCACUGUCAGAUGCUAGGCGAUCAAUCUUUCGGCCUCACGAACGCCCCGCCGCUCGGUCUUUCACCUUCACGAGUUCCCGGCUUUUCUGUUUGGAACGUGUACACGAUCAAGGCGGCAUCAUCACUCGUUCAAGUGAGACAAUUAACUUCGUGCUGCUACGGCUUUUGCUAUGUGGCGGCAAUCUCUGUAGCAGGCAUGUCCUCUGGUUUUACCUGGCCCGCGAGCGGACAUCGUCUCGGACUGAACUGGUUGUAUAAUGUGCGGGUUUGGCACUACCAGGUUCGGAUUUGGCACGGGCGCGGGCGGUGGUGUGCUUUGAACCGUUGGUUCCGUCGCUUUCCCGCAGCGGCUAUGGCCGGUCUGCAAGCAGACCCGCGGGCGCCGAGUGUCCUCCUUCCGGUCGUCUGCGCUCUGCUCCUCCUGGGUUUGGCAUCAUCAGCUUGUGCUCUGCGUGAUCCAUUCGGGGGGCUCAGAUUGCCAUCUGAGCGUGAGAGAGAGGGGGAAGUUAGUGGUGAGGAGGCAGAGGAGGAGGAUGGGGCGAUGGGGACGAGGUGGGCCAUCCUUGUGGCUGGUUCGUCUGGGUACUGGAACUACCGGCAUCAAGCAGACGUGUGCCACGCGUACCAGGUGCUCUCCAGAAAUGGGCUGAAGGACGAGAACAUCAUCGUGUUCAUGUACGACGAUAUCGUGUACCACGAGGAGAACCCUCGACCGGGGACCAUCAUCAACUCGCCGAAUGGGGUGAACGUGUACAAAGGGGUGCCCAAGGACUACACCGGGGGGGAUGUGCGGGCCGACGUGUUUUUAAAUGUCCUUACGGGAAACAAGGAGGCCGUGAAGGGGAUCGGCAGUGGAAAGGUGCUCUCAAGCGGACCCAACGAUCACGUGUUCAUUUACUACUCGGAUCAUGGAGGCCCUGGGGUUCUUGGAAUGCCCGGCUCGCACUUUCUCUACGCCGACGAUCUCAAUGCGGCCAUAAAGAAGAUGCACCAGGCCGGCACUUUCAGGGAGAUGGUGGUGUACUUGGAAGCGUGCGAAAGUGGCAGCAUCUUUGAGGGCCUCUUGCGGCCGGAGUGGAACGUCUACGCGACGACUGCCUCGAACGCUUACGAGAGCAGCUGGGGCACCUACUGUCCCUACUCGGAUUCGCCGCCGCCACGAGGCUACGAGGUCUGUCUGGGAGAUCUGUACAGCGUGGCGUGGAUGGAGGAUUCUGAGAGUCGGGAUCUCAGCAGAGAGACGCUUCUCGAGCAGUACCGUGUGGUGAAGAAUCGCACGGCAAAUGCGCCAGGGUACAUGCUUGGGUCGCAUGUGAUGCAGUACGGCAAAAUGGACAUCGACCUGGAAAAGUGCUCCUUGUACCUGGGUUCGGACCCCCAGUUAGCGACCACUGCGGGUGGCAAGUCGGCGUCCACUUCACUGUCGCCCUUUGACAAUAAUCAGAAUGAAGAAGACGAGGGGGAGCAGACGUUGGCCGGCGGUGAGAGGAGGAGGUCAUCCUACUCGAUCAACAACAACAAAGGUGGUGGUGCAGUUGCUCAGCGGGACGCUGAGCUGGUUCACCUCUGGGCAAAGUUCUCGAACUCUCUGGAAGGUUCCGCGAGGAAAGCCAAGGCCUUUGAAGAGCUGAACCAGAUCACGUCCGAACGAGCUCACAUCGAUCGCUCGGUGACCUUAAUUGGGUCCCUGCUCUUCGGUGUUGGUGGCUCCGACCAGGUUCUGAACGCUGUACGUGCGACUGGGCUGCCGCUUGUUGACGACUGGGACUGCCUGAAAGCGGCCGUUCGUGUGUUCGAAGCCAACUGCGGACAGCUGACUACCUACGGAAUGAAGCACAUGCGUCGUUUUGCCAACAUCUGUAACGAACAAGUCCCCAUGCCAAUGGUGGAGAAAGCGGCGGCUGCAGCCUGCAUGGAUUACCAUCCACCUACUGUUCAUCAAAGGGUGGUCAGCGCGUACCAGAUCGUCGGAAUGGGAUUGGAUGGAACCGGAAGAUCAUCAUGGAAUUGAUAAUUGGCUUGACUUGCUCCUAUUCCUUUGUUUUUUUCCAAAUGCCAACCAAGAUGGCUACCACUGUAGUACCUUCCUUGGUUGUAGUCACUCUUCCUGUUUGUAAGCUUCGAAGAUUGGGAAUUUAAAUCAGGGCCGAGGGACUAGAUUGAAUCCAACAACGAGCGAAUGAUGCUGGAUUAUGACGGUUGGUUAGGCUGAUUAGGAGCUACAUAUCUCCUCCUUCGUGGACAAGACGGGACGUGGAGCACCAGGACAUGAUCACAAUCUUCGUUCUUGUUGAUUGAAGUUCAUCUGACCAUGAGCCGAUCGCUGGGGGGUUGCUCGGGGAACAAGAUGGAUAGAUAGAUGACUGCAGGAGUUGGCUGCCAGGUUGGUUUGUCUGCCAGUACCUGUAGGUAGGUAGGUAGGUAGGCAGAUGUAUACUGGGUUGUGUCGGUGGUUGGUGUGAAGUUAAAAAAAUGGGUCUUGUCUGGGCGUCACUUGUUGAGUGAGUGACGGUUCGGUGCACCGUAGUGUAGUGGUCUGGCCAUUCUUGCUGAGGGGUGGGGGUUGCCCUUGGCUUACAUAUUGGUACAAGGGAAGGGGAGUCGCGUACAGGACUGCCCGUUCGUUGCCUUGUGGUUGGUUUGUCUGCCAGCCAGCCUGUAGAAGGAUGCAUACCAUGUCAGCCAUUAAGUCAGACUGUUCGGGAGUGCACUGUAGUGUAGUGGUCUGGCCAUUCUUGCUGAGCGGUGGGGUUGUUGUUUUAUAUAUUAUAAGGGAAGGAGAGAUGUGUACAGGACUGGCUGUUCAUUGCCAUGUCUUGGUUUGUCUGCCAGCCAGCCUGUAGAAGGACGCAUACUAUGUCAGCAGGUAGGUCAGACUGUUCAGGAGUGGAACGGGUGUAAGCCUGUAGAACAUAUGGUAAUUAUGCCUGUGUUUGGGGCAAGUUUCACUCUAGAUACAGCGAAAAUGACGGUACGUUCUAUUCAGGGCAAGACGCAAGUGUUUGUUGUUUUGGUUACAUCCAUCCGUCGGCUUCAGAUCUUUGCCAAGGAUUUUGUUGUUUUGCUUACGGAGUACGAAAACUGUGCUCGCGUGUCAUUUGUUCACGACUGGUCGAACCACUUCAAGCAGCCGUUGUAACCAUAGUAGUACUUGUGGAAAAACACAUACCGACGAGGACUUUUUUGCGGACGUCUGACCUCAAUUUGUGGUCAGAUUUGGUCCAAAGAGUCACAAUGAUACGUACGCCUUUGGAUUCCCGAGGGCAGGGCAGGGGUCCUUUGUGAAAGUGCUCUCUGUGUGGCAUGUGUAUGGUAUGCAAAGACGGUGGCGUUUGAUGCCCUGUGUAUGUUUCUGUGAUUAGCGAUUGGGUCAACUUGUCGAUCUAUGUAGGGCUUUGAUUCAUUCAUUCGUUUCCUUUUUAAAUUGAUUGAAGAAUUGUUCAAGCAUUGGUGAUGAUGGCAGAUGUCAUCAAGAGAAGGGGAUGUCGGCACGGUGCUGUGUAUGAGCAAUAACGUUCAACUGGUGUUCAUCAUCUGCCAUCUUUCAACGAUUGGUAGAUGGGAGGAAACAGCAUUUGGUAGAAGUUUGUGGCAUUUGACAGGAGGGCAGGGGAAGAUGUAGUCACUUGUCUGCCGUGGUCAAGACACAUGUGUGAAAAAAUCCUGACGAAUCUUCUUGCGGAUGUGACUCCACCGAGGGCUGAAAGGGAGCUUCUGCCAUAACUACUGCAGAAAGAGGAACAACUGAGCAAGAUGCGAUAGAUUGCAUCAUCCCUUCCUCUUGAGAGAGGUGACCAUGUGUGCGUGGAUUUGAACAGAUCCCCGCUAGAAGCAAACGUAUAUUUGUGUCCCUUGUGAAAUAACAACCUUUGGUAAGUUGAGAGAAAGAAGAGUUUUGGGCAGUUUCAGCCAAAUGCUGCCAUCACCUGAGGCUGGUGCUAAUGCGGAUGGCAAUUCUUGCUGUCUAGGUUUGGCGGGGGCGGGGCUGAUGAGUGGAAUUGUCGUGGAUAGGGAGGUACAUUGUGCCUUGGGGCAUCACUGAUGCUGAUGUUAUGCAGUGGGCGCGUACACAAGGAUGGAUCGCGGGCCAUUCUGGCCAGUAGGUUGACUGAGGUUCAGCUGGGUGCACAAGGGGAUGUGUUGAGUUUUCUGUCUGAAACCUUGUGCUGUCAUGUACAGGCCUGCUGAUGGUGUGGACGCUGUACUUCUGUUGCCACGUCGAGAGUGAAACCUUUUGCUCCUGUGACAACUAGAAGUGACGAGUGGUUAGUCCCGUGGAUGAGGGUUGUGCAUGGGAUGAGGAGUACGCAGGAGAAUGCAUCCGCUAAUGUUUGAGCUAUGUUGUGUGUGACGACUUCAUGGUUGGUGACUCCGAAACUCUCUGACACAUGGAAGGCAUACGGAGUGUUGAAUCUAGAGAUGGGAUGGGGUGCAAAAACCAUGUGGAAGUCGUGACAAGAAUGUUGACUUCUCAUGGGAUGCAGGGAGGAUAGGGCAGCAGAGACUCGACUUCAGGUGUUGUAUGGCCUGUGUGUGAAUGAAUAUGAAGGAAACGGUGCCCUCUGUGUGUGGGAUGUGGACACAGCUGAGGUGUAAUGAUUGUCUAUGUCACUAGUGGCUGAAGCAGGGUGCACCUCGUACUGUAUGGUGUUGUGGUGCCCACUGAAAAACUGUACUGACCAUUGGAGGUGUAUCACUUGCAAUCCCAGACUGCAGAGGGGCUCUGCUGUCUUGGGAACAUUGUUGUUUACACAGGGGACUUGUUGAGCAAGUGCUAUAUUCGUUCUGGUGGAUUCGUUUGCAUUGUCGCUGUGUAAUGGACACACCGUUGACUGCUCCGACAGUGCUUUUGUAAAGAAGGAUGGAUGCACCAACGACGGCUCCAACGGUGCUUUUAUACA